AGCAAAUGUCAGAGUGUUAAAAUCCCAGAGUUUUGAUGACCAGAGUAUAAUUUAUACACUUUGGAGUAAACUGGGCUUAAAGUACACUUGUCAGGUUUCACCAGAAACUCUCUCAAGUGUUAGUGUAUUGGUUCAGUGUUGAUGUGGAGCUGUUGUAGUGUAAAUAGUGGGAUGAUGAACACUUUGAGAGUCAAUCUGUUGCUGUCCCGUCCGCACAUGAGUUUAGGUUUCGAUACGUCAUCAGAUCGACAACGCGUUGUCAUUGGUUGAAUCAUGAUGCAGCCUCGUGGACACCAGUUUCCAACUGACAUCUGAAGUCGUCGACAUUUUGAUUCUGCGGGACCAUAGUAAUAUGUGAGGAAAACUACAGCAAUGCUUUUCAAAGUGCAGUACCAAGGAAAGAAGAAGUACAUCAAACUCAAUGGAGUAUCAUAUCCAGCAUUUCUCAGGGAGGCUAAAGAGAAGUUCAGCAUACCCCCUGAGACAAACAUGUAUGUGCUGGAUGACAGUGGAACAGAGGUUGAUGAAGAGGUCUUCAGCGACAUCUUGGAGGAAAAAGCAGACAUCCUGUGGACCAUUGUUAAUGUUCUUUCAGUUUCUGACUCUCCCAUCCAGUCCUCGUGCACAAACACCUUGUCACUAUCAUCACCCUCAUCAGACAGUGAUGCUUCUCUGAUGUCCCCAAAAAGACAGCGCAUUGAUGACACCUUUGUGAUGUCCCCAAAAAGUCUACAUACUGAUGACAGUUCUUCACAAGCCAAAGAGCUUGUCAAAAGAAUUCUGGAACAAAAGCCUGGAGGUGAGAAAAUCCUUGCAAAAUAUGCAAUGACAGGAGAGAUGAAGGACCGAGCACGCCGUGAUCUCGUCAGCAUUGUUGUUGCUGAAAUGUUUGAAAAGUAUGGACGUGCUCCCCCUAUGGAUAAAAGAGCACAGUAUGCAUUGGGGAUAGUAACACUGUUCCCCUCUCUAAAAGAUCCCUACUCCAAAAAAGGCUAUGAACACUUUUUUGACAUAGACAGCAAUGAGGGCUACAUUGCCUGGAAGAUUAAAAACACACAGCGAGAACUCAGCAAUGGCGGUACCAAUGGGGGUAGGAGAAGGAGCUCUCACACUACAGGCAGCAGCGGACCAAACUUAGAGAGAGAAGUGACUAAAGUGCAGCAGUUGGAGGGAGACCAGUGUCGAGAGGCCAUAUCUCUACUGAAACACAGCACAGACAACGAACAGAUCUUCAUGAAAAUGAGAGAAACCUUCCAGCACAGGCAAAAGUUGAUCCAUGAUCCUGAGCAAUGCAGUACAGUGCGUACUGUGUUCCCAAGGUUUCUUGACACAAAAGGCCUGGUGGCGCAAGACUUUGACCUGUUGUUUGGAGCUGAGACUUCAUCAAAACUCCUUGAGAAAUGGGAUUUCCUGAAGGCCAAAGUAAUAGAGCAAGCCAAGGACAUCAGCAAGACACCCCUGCUUGACCAUCUCAUCCAGUCUGCAGAGGAGAACACUGAUGAGGAUGACGAGGUCCCAGGUUGGGAUAGUGACAUGGCCUCACUGCUACUGCUGGUCUACCUACUGCCACCACCUCCAAGUGGAAAGAAGGGACCUGUAAAGAUCAGUACCCGGGAAGCUGUGGACCAUGUAGUCAAAUUUCAUAAGUCAUGUCGCAGCCUUCAGGAGCACUCUGGUCCAAACCAGCGGAGGCAGCCCUACAUCCUGGCAGUUGGGACGACAAGAAAGCACAUCCACGAGUUCUACAUUGCAUUGGAUGGUGAUCUCCUUCCCUGCAAGGGCAAGUCUUCCCUGUCAGCCUUUGAUGAACUUUUCAAAGCACAUUAUGUUUUCGGCAUCUCCUAUGACCAGGCCUUAAAUGGCAUGUACACAUUUGUGCAGACCACCAUCUACAACAUUGAUGUAGGUCAUUCUCACGAAACUCCCAGAGUCAAGGACCUAAGAGCUAAGCUCCUCAACUAAAGAGUUAUGAUGUUCAGAUGCUUUGUUUGCAAGUCUAGUUUUGUUACCGUUCAAAUGUUGAUCCGUCAUCUCAAAGUUUUCCAUGCCUUUUAUCCUGGUAAGAAGUUUCAGUUGAUGUGUGACCAGACUGGAUGCCACCAGCGAUUUUGGACUUUUUCAGGGUUUAGAAAACAUCUCCAUAACAAACAUAGCGCUAAAAGUCUAGAUCAAUUUGAGAACGAACCCGUCAUAGUUGAGAACGAACCCGUCAUAGUUGACGUAUCUGAUGAACCCGUAGUUAAUUUAAUUCCAGAGCAACCAGAGAAUUCUCAAAGCUGUAAUGAGACCAGGCGACAUACCCAAGAAAUGUGUGCAUCCCUUAUUGCAAAUCUCCAAGGCUGUGGUGUGGCUACUAAUGUCAUAACGACUGUUGUUGAAAAUAUGGAGGAACUUGUAGAGGAAUUGCAUUCAAACGUUAAAGAUGAUGUUGUAAAAUUACUCUCUAACGAUGAGGAUAUCAGAACAAAGUUUGACGAUUAUUUUGACAACCUUGAAAAUCCAUUUAGCAAACUGAACACUGAGGCAAAAAGGAAAAAACAUUUCAGUGAGAAAUGGGGUAUUGUAGAACCUGUUGAGGUAGCCCUAGGAGUGAGGUAUGACACUAGAAGGAAUCGAACUACUGGCACAUAUGAUCAAGUUCCCAUAACAGACAAAUUUGUUUAUAUUCCUCUAUUGCAAACUUUGAAGUUCAUAUUCACCAACCAAGAGAUCUGUGAUCAUUUUGUGCAGCCUUGUGAGAAAACUGGGUUUUACAAAGACUUCUGUGAUGGUAACUAUUUUAGAGAUCACCCCCUCUUCUCUGAAAAACCAAACUCUCUCCAAAUACAGAUAUUCUACGAUGAUUUUGAAAUGGCAAAUCCUCUCGGAUCCAAGCAUGGUAUCCAUAAGGUUGGAAGUAUAUACUUUGUUUUACGAAACCUAUCUCCAAAGAUAAACUCCGCUCUUAUGAAUAUUCAUCUUUUAGCCCUUUUUCAUACUGAGGAUGUGAAGAAGUAUGGAUUUGAUUUAAUCUUACAGCCCCUCGUACGUGAUCUGAAAGUCCUUGAGUGUACAGGAAUUGAAGUUCCUUUCUCUGAUGAACCAGUUUACGGAACAAUUGCACAAGUAACUGGAGACAAUUUGGGAUUGCACACAUUACUCGGGUAUGUUGAAUCAUUCAGUGCAAACAAUUUUUGUCGUUUUUGUCUAGUAGACAAACAGACCUCACAAACGGUUUUCAGGGAUGAUGAUCCAAGAAUAACAUUGCGUAAUAAAGAACUGCAUGAUCAGCAUUGCAAUGACCUCAUGGUAGAUCCUACACUGCCAUCCACAUUUGGAGUUAAGCGACAAUGUUUAUUCAAUGAUCUACAGUACUUUCAUGUUUCUGAAAAUUAUGCUGUAGACAUUAUGCAUGACAUAUUGGAAGGAGUGGGGCAAUUUGAGCUGAAGUUGCUGUUUGCUUACCUCUCAGACAACAAAAUCAUAUCCAAGACAGAUGUUUGUAACCGAAUAUACUCAUACAAUUAUGGCUUUGUUGAACGAAAAAAUCGUCCAA